CCACCUAUCACCAUCCCACCUACCUUCCCCAGCCCCACCCCUCCCCCCUAUUUUUUUCAGACCUCUCUUCCCCCCCCCCCCCAUUUCUGAAGAAGGGUUCCGAUCCGAAAAAUCAAUUUUGUUGCUCCUCUAACCUGCUGUGUUGUUUGCUAACAUUGACGUUCGUGCGUGCGCGCGCAGAUUUCAACGUGUUUCAGGCCUUGGAGAUGCCGCACUUCCUAAUUUUGAAAAUACAGUCGCAAAGAACAUGAGGAAAAUGCCCCUUUCGUGGAUUCUCGUUGUCACGGUUGCAAGGUAUGUAAUGUGCUCCAGCCAUCACAAUCGGUGUGGUGAAAAGGAGUAUGAACAUCAGGGCAUCUGCUGUCCAAUGUGUAAGCCUGGUCACCGAGUAAAGGGACAUUGUACACAGAGGAGUGGCACGGAGUGCUAUCCGUGUACUGACAAAACCUAUCAAGAUGGUUUCAAUGGAGAUGAUGAUUGUAAGUCAUGCAGGCCUUGUGGAGAAGGGACCUUUCCAAUUGUAGCAUGUACAAGUAUUCGUGACACGAUUUGUGACUGCUUGGAAGGUUUCCACUGUGAGAGCAUCACUGUUGAUGGCUGUGAGCAAUGUUCAAAACACAGCACCUGCCCACCAGGGGAGGAGGUGGUGAGCAAAGGAGCUUACAGAAGAAACACCGUGUGCCGCCGUAAACAAAUUGGAAAUGCUUUAUCUGAAGAAUCAUCUAAAGAAGGGACAGAAGUGCCUGUGCCUGGACAGACAGGGGAUACAUCUGGAUGCAUUUCCUACAUCUAUGUCGUAAUCCUUUCAGUGCUGUUGGUUAUUCUAUUAGCGAUACUUUUGUUCCUGAUGAGGAAAUCCUUGACCUCUUGCUUCCACUCAGCUAUCGCAUGGUAUUCCAAGCAGCAGAAGACUAAGGGAAAGGAGGCAGUUAUCCAGCGACCUGUGCAAGAGCAGGGCCACGAACUGUAUUUGCCAGUUUCGGUAGAAGAGAAGUCCAUGGAUAAUUCCUCAACUCAUACCAAGCCAAUCUAUGACUUUAUAGAAGGCAAAAUGACAAACUGUGCCCCACUAAAAACGAAAGAUGUGGUUUUAUCUGAGCUACAAUGUCCAGAUUUUGGAGUGGCAAUGUCAACAAAAAGCUCUGUGGAAAAGUUUCAAGAUGCUGAAGACUUCCAAAUGAAGGAUAAAUGGAAUCUUCCAGGAUGAAUUGUUGCUGGCAGCUGGUUUCCCAGUUGAAGUUCCAAAAAACAACUUACAAUUUUUUGAAUUCUGUGAUUAAAUUUAAAUGUCCUGGUUGCUGCGUGGGUGAAUCUGAGGGGGAUUAUUAUCAGAUUUGGGAUUAUGUAUAGAUCUCUAAAACAGAAAUCACAUUCCCAUGUGGUUCCAAGCAUUACCAACUAUUACUUGUUUGUUAUUUUUGGGGGGGGGGGGGGGGGUCAAAAUCUCAAAAGUAACUUUCUACAUUUAUGCUUUGCUUUCUCUUAUUUUCUAGUUCUUCUGCAAUCAAAUGGCAGUGUGGUUUAGGCUAACAGGCUUUCAGUGUUCUCUUUUAUUUUGUUCCAAAAUAUAACUCCCUCUUUAAUGCAAAGAAGCUACCUAGAUUCUUUUUUUUUCUAUCUGACUUUUUGCUUUUAGUUUUGGAAAUGAUUUAUCUCCUUUUUUAAACUUGAGGAAAUUUUGCCUGAUGACAGCUGAGUUGCAGUGUCGUGGAAGUGCUUCAGUGAUACCCUCAAGGUCUCACUAACAAAGUGUGGUAUUCCAACAAACACCUGGGAAUCAUGGCCCAAGACACAAGUGGAGGAGGUGCAUCCAGGAUGGUGCCAAGCACCUUGAGACUUGCCACGGUGGGGGGUGGGGGAAAUGAAACCCAGGUGGAAACAGUGACAGGAAUGUGCUGUCACACCCUCUUCCCGUGACCACCAUCUGCCCCAAGUGUAACAGCCUGCAUAGCUGCAUGGGUUUGUACAGCUACCCACUGACAUCCUGAGAGUGGAAGAAACUUUUCCUCAUGUGUGAGGGACUGCUGGUGUUAAAAGCUGUAAGUGCCAGGGCAUCAGAAAAAUUUGGAACCUACUAAUAGAGCAUUCCUCUCCCUCUGGAAGAAACAAGACAAAGUAAAUAAAUUCUAACCAGAAAAUACCUAGUUCCAUCUGUCAAUUAUUGAAUGAAAGGACAACAGCAUGUCGUCAGUGCUUUUUUUUUUUUUAAAAAAAAGUACAAGAAAAAAAUUAACCCACUAUUGAAAUUGGGAAUUGUAAUAGUGCUUGAGCUUGUGUGUGCUAGGGAUUUUGAAGGGGUAUAGUUUUAAGAUGUAUAAAUGAGAAAUCCUCUAUUUUCAACUUCUUGCUAAAGCCAUGCAUGUUACAAUAAAAAUUACUUUCUGAAAUGA